CAGAGCCGAGCAGAGCUGCAGCGCUGUACAGGGGUGCACUGAGGACCAGGCGGGCGUCGUCGUAAGAAGCAACUCAACAAAAAGUACAAAAUGGCUAACCGAACCUCGGCAAGUUCCCGCCAGUCAUCUUCUUACACAAGGAUAUUCGGCGGUGACCGUAAUGCCUCCUCGCGCUCCAGCUACUCAAGCCGCCAGUACUCGGCUCCGGCGCGCGCCCCACGUCUCUCCUACAACGCGUUCUCCGCUCCGUCUAUCACCGCGAGCAAAAGUGUGCGAGUGCGGAGCGCCAACCUGCCCCGACUCACAUCCGACACGCUGGACUUCGCCCUGUCCGAUGCCAUCAACAGCGAGUUCAAAGCGAACCGCACUAACGAGAAAGCCGAGAUGCAGCAUCUGAACGACCGCUUCGCCAGCUACAUAGAGAAGGUGCGCUUUCUGGAGCAGCAGAACAAGAUGCUGAGCACCGAGCUGGCGCAGCUCAGAGGCAAAGGCACGUCCCGAGUCGGAGAUCUUUACGAGGACGAGAUGAGGGAUUUACGCCAUCAAGUCGACCAUCUGACCAGUGACAAGGCCAGGGUGGAACUGGAUCGAGAUAAUCUGGCGGAAGAUAUUGAACGCCUUAGAGAAAAGCUUCAAGAAGAGGUUCUUCAAAGGGAGGAUGCUGAAAACAACCUCCAAGGUUUCAGGCAGGAUGUUGAUAAUGCAUCCCUGGCUCGUCUAGACUUGGAGCGCAAGGUGGAGUCCCUACAAGAGGAGAUCGCUUUCCUUAAGAAACUUCACGAUGAGGAGAUUGCUGAGCUGCAGGUCCAGAUACAAGAUCAGCAUGUGCAAAUUGAUAUGGACAUAGCUAAGCCUGAUCUGACCUCUGCACUGAGGGAUGUCCGGCUUCAGUAUGAGACUCUGGCCAGCAAGAACAUUCAUGAGGCUGAGGAAUGGUACAAAUCCAAGUUUGCAGAUUUGUCAGAGGCUGCUGCACGUAACACUGAAGCCAUUCGCCAGGCCAAACAGGAUGCCAAUGAGUAUCGCCGCCAGGUGCAGGCUUUAACCUGUGAGGUGGAUGCGCUUAAGGGCACUAAUGAGUCACUGGAGCGCCAAAUGGGGGAACUGGAGGACAACUUUGCCAUGGAGUCGUCUAGUUACCAGGAUAACAUCAUCCGCCUGGAAGAAGAAAUUCGCAGCAUGAAAGAUGAGAUGGCUCGUCAUUUGCGUGAGUACCAGGACCUGCUGAACGUCAAAAUGGCCCUGGACAUUGAAAUUGCUACCUACAGGAAACUGCUGGAGGGAGAGGAAAGCAGAAUCACCACACCACUGCCCAAUUUCUCCUCAUUUAAUCUGAGAGAAUCCAUGACAGAAGCCAAACCACUCAUGGAGAACCUGUCGAAGAAAGUGUUAAUUAAGACUAUAGAAACAAGAGAUGGUAAUGUGAUAAAUGAGUCCACGCAGCACCACGAAGACCUGGAAUGAACUCCAUGCAAAACGAACAGCUUACUAAGGAGGCAAGCAAUGUAGGGAAAGGAGAAAAAUCUGUGAGGUGCCCCUGCGUCUGUUAAACUAAAACAGCUUUAAUGUGCCUUUUUGCCACUCUAGAUAGAAUAGAGAUGUGGUGGAGAUGUGUUUUGAGUAGAUCAGAGAUUAUAGGCCAGUGAAAACCAACUUUAUACAUUAUUCCUGUUUUCCAUGACUGCUCUAGUUUAUAUUGAAAAAGUUGGACCACAGCAAUAAUCUCAACUACAUUGGUUUGUAUGUUAUAACUUACUGCUUAUUGCUUUACCAAAACCCAGAAAAAAAUGUCUUUAAAUUCAAAUAAACAAAUAAAUAAAAUUGACCAACCAUUGGAAAAAA